AGUGACUGGAGUAAAGGCCAAAAAUGAAAGGAAAUGGAUUGGAAGGCGAUGGGUCAAAUGGGGAAGCCCUAGGGAAGUGCUUGAGUGGGUUGGUGGAUGAUGGUAGCACCGAGAGUCAUCGGUACUACCUUUCCCGGAGAACCGUGCUGGAGAUGCUCAGGGACAGAGGCUAUGCCGUACCCAACUCUGAAAUCGAUCUCUCUCUUCAAGAAUUUCGCAACAUUCAUGGCCAAAGCCCUGAUUUUGAUUCUCUCAGGCUCUCUGUUACUCAUAAAACCGAUCCUUCCAAGCGGAUGCUAGUUGUUUUCUAUGGGCCUGGUAUGGUUAAAGUUAGUGGGAUUCGGCUCAUUGCUGGUCUAAUUACUAACAAAGAAAGUUUGACUGGGUUGAUAUUAAUCGUGCAAAAUCACAUGACAAAUCAAGCUUUGAAAGCUCUAGACCUUUUCUCAUUUAAGGUGGAGAUAUUCCAGAUUACUGACUUACUUGUUAAUAUCACAAAGCAUGUGCUAAAGCCUAAGCACCAGGUACUAACCGAACAUGAGAAACAAAGGCUGUUGCAGAAGUACAGUAUAGAAGAGAAGCAGCUCCCUCGGCUGUUAAAGAAAGAUGCCAUUGCUAGAUAUUAUGGUUUUGAAAAGGGUCAGGUGGUGAAAGUUACUUAUGGUGGUGAAAUCACCGAGUCCCAUGUUACUUUCCGAUGUGUCUGGUGAUUAAAACAAAUGCAGGCAGCGGGUGAUUGUAGAAUUUAUUUUCCCGUUCUUUGUGUUUUCUCAAAUCAUGCCAUGGGGAUGCCUGGGGUGACUAAUGUUUGAUGUUGUAUGAAAACUGAUCCAGUUGCUCAUCUACUCUUAUGUACUUUGAAGUCUAUAAAUUAUGUUUAUCUUUCGUUCGUUUUUCC